GUUCAACUGUCGACAAGUGCUCCAGCUCUCUUGGAGGAUCAUUGACAUUUGCAAUUUUUAAAUAUACCAAGACAGUUAUUAAAUAAUUUAAUUUCAAUAAACACCCAAUCAUGAAGGCUUCUAAAAUUUUAAAUUGGGCUGUUGCUGGACUACUGUUAAUUGCUUCAACAAAUGGACUAAAAAUUGAUGAAAAAGAUGAUCAGGAAAUUGUUGAAAGUCCAUUUCGUGAUGGAUCAAUGCGAUCAAAAAGGCCAUUCUGCAAUGCAUUUACAGGCUGUGGAAAAAAACGGAGUUAUAACAACAACGCCCUGGAAUCAAAAGAAGAUCUACAAAAAAUUCAAGUUCCAAUUGAUAUUUACAAAGCAAUGAUUCGUGAUUUAUCAGAAGACAUUCGUAACACAAUUGAGCAUGAAAUAGAUGAACAAAAUACCAAAUAUAUUGAUCAAGAAUAUUUACCAUAUUCAACAAGAACAAUGCCAAUUCGUAAGCGUUAUCAAAAUUAAUUUUAUAUCAUCGAAAACAAUAUAUAUUUCAAAGAAAAAACGGCUAAAAUUCUCUUACUUAUU